AUGGAAACCAGGCCAGAGGAGGCAGAAGGGAGAAGCAACAUGAUGAGCUGUCAUUCUGGCCCAGCUGUCCAGGCCCCUCCUGCGCUCUGGACACGAGGCGGGAGGGGACCGGGCCGCGACGCGCGGGCCCCCGAGCCCCCGGGCGCGCCGAGGCCUCCAGCGGGGCGCCUGGCUCCGCCCCGGCCAGUAGGCGCCCCCAGCCCGGCCGGAGCCCCCGCUCCACCCCCCGCUCCCCUCGGCCCCGCGCGGUGCCGGGGUCAGCCGUUCUCUCGGGUCUCGGGACAGGUGAGCCCCCUGAUGAAGGCCACGGUGCUGAUGCGGCAGCCCGGGCGGGUGCAGGAGAUCGUGGGCGCCCUCCGCAGGGGCGGGCGAGACCGCUUACAGGUCAUUUCUGAUUUUGACAGGACCUUGAGCAGGUUUGCCUAUAACGGAAAGCCAUGCCCUUCUUCCUACAAUAUCCUGGAUAACAGCAAGAUCAUCAGUGAGGAGUGCCGGGAAAAGCUGAAAGCGCUCCUUCACCAGUAUUACCCGAUUGAGAUUGACCCACGCCGGACCGCCAAAGAGAAGUCACCGCAUAUGGUGGAGUGGUGGACCAAAGCACACGAUCUCCUGUGUCAGCAGAAGAUUCAGAAGUCUCAGAUAGCCCAGGUGGUCAGAGAGUCCAACGCAAUGCUUAGGGAGGGAUACAAGGCGUUCUUCAACACCCUCUACCAAAAUAACAUCCCCCUCUUCAUCUUCUCCGCCGGCAUCGGUGACAUCCUGGAGGAAAUUAUCCGGCAGAUGAAAGUGUUCCACCCCAACAUCCACAUUGUGUCCAACUACAUGGAUUUUGACGAAGAUGGUUUCCUACAGGGAUUCAAGGGCCAGCUCAUACACACUUACAACAAGAACAGCUCCGUGUGCAAGGACUCCAGUUACUUCCAGCAGCUUCAGGGCAAAACCAACGUUGUCCUGCUGGGGGACACCAUGGGGGACCUCACCAUGGCCGACGGGGUCCCGGGUGUGGAGAACAUCCUCAAGAUCGGCUUCCUGAAUGACAAGGUGGAGGAGCAGCGGGAGCGCUACAUGGCCUCCUAUGACAUUGUGCUGGAGAAGGACGAGACGCUGGACGUGGUCAACGGGCUGCUGCAGCACAUCCUGCACCAGGGGGACUGGGUGGAGAUGCAGGGCUCCUGAGUGCGCAGGCGCGGCCUGUCUGCAGGCGGAGACACGGGGGGAGCCUCCGUGGGGGCUGCUCUGCGGUGAGCCUGGUGUGUACAGAGGGCAGCUCAGGACAUCCACAAGCUGCUGGGUCCGCGCCCUCCCCUCCCCU